AUGGCACAUCAGAAGCUCAUCCCUUCAGCCACGCUGACACAGGAGAGCAGAGUGAAGCGCGUGAUAAUUUACCAGAAUGGCCAGGUGUUCCACCUCGCCAACCAUCUCAAUGGCCGCGUGGGCUUUGUGGCCACCAUGCCAAGCACAAGUGCCUCCAUCUUCAUCAACAACACCCAGCUGUCUGACACUGGGACCUACCAGUGCCUGGUAAACAACUUCCCCGACAGAGGAGGGCGAAACAUCGGUGUCAUUGGCCUCACAGUGUUGGUGCCCCCCUCGGUGCCAGCGUGUCGGAUCCAGGGAGCGCUGGAUGUAGGCAGCGACAUCAUGCUGUUCUGCAGCUCAGAGGAAGGGAUUCCCACGCCGUCCUACUCCUGGGAGAAGCUUGACGCGCUGCCCAGGCUGCCACCCAACGCCAUGCAAGACCAGAUGCAGGGGACUGUAACCCUGAGAAAUAUCAGCACCAGCACUUCAGGACUUUACCAGUGCACCUCCAGCAAUGUCAUAGGAAAGAGCACGUGUGUGCUCAACGUGCAGGUUGUAGCACCCCAGCCCCAGAGUGUUGGUCUGAUAGCAGGAACAAUCGCCACAGGGAUCCUCGCUGUCAUUAUCUGCUCACUGUUAGUGGUGGUCACACUUUUCUACUGGAAGAACAAGAACAAAUACGAAGAGGAGGAGAUCCCCAAUGAAAUCAGAGAAGAUGAUUUGCCCCCCAAGCGGUCUUCAUCGGUGAAGGCUUUCCAUGCGGACGCCUCCUCGUCGGAGAACGACACGCUAACAUCUACGAACACGUACAACAGUCGCUACUGGCACAACCCCAAAACCAACUACGACACCAACUCCUACACGCGCUACAACGGAGACACUCGUCAGACCUUCACAGCUGCUGCCGCUGCACACGGACACAGCCAGAACCCUGCACAAGGCCACGGCCCGCCCGUUACAGCCCCGGGCUCCGCUCCUCUGUCCCGCCAUGCCCCGCCCACAACAACAACAUCGUUCGCCAAUGGCAGCCAUACACUUCCUCCACCCAAGACUCUGGUGGUCACGACAAACUCUGCCCCGUCCCCUCCAGCCAUGGUGCGCAGCAAUGGCUCCGUGGGCCUCAAACCCGUGGUGACAUCCACACUUGGGCACCACACGCACUCCUAUGCCGUCAGCCAAGCGACUCUGGAGCGAAUGGGGGCGGUGCCAGUCAUGGUGCCCGCCCAGAGCAGAGCAGGCUCGCUCGUUUGAAACCUGAGUUGGAGGACGGGUUGAUUUGAAAACAAGACUAAUACUGUUUGAUUUUGGAGGUUUGACAAAAAAAAAGAAGCUGAAUUUGGGCUCAAGCAGCCCAGCUACCCUUUACAGCAGUGUCUUUCUGUGUGUGUUGACAUUUUUACUCGAAAGAGGAGCAAGAAACUGGUAUUUGAAAGUGCAGAGUUCAGUUAAUGCCAAGUCUUUAGUAG